GUGCACAAGUUAGUCAAGCUCAGGAUUUUGUACAGUUCGGACGUUGUGCGAAGUCAUUCAAUAAACUAGAGGAGAGUUACCUAAAAAACGCGCCAAAUGGCGGGAGUAACCUACUGGACUUCACUUGGGCUCUUCCUAUGGUGUUGUUCGGUGGUUCAGUCGCAGACUACAUUGAGAGGGCCCGAAGGAAGUGUCUGCACUUUCGUCAACACUCGCCGGGUGAGUUACCAGGUGGAAAUGAGGCGGAAACGGACCACUGCUUUCGUAGACUACAUCGCCUCCUAUCUGGGCCUUCAACACGAGAACAGGGUUCCUAGAUCGCUGGUAACGCGGUACCAGAUCGUGUACUUCACUGAUUACCGGUGUUGUGUGGGCUGGAACCAUAUCGACGAUACCUGCCAAGCCGACUGCAACAACCCGUGUGUAAACGGACUUUGUGUGGAAAUAAACACUUGUGAAUGUGACGAAGGAUGGGAAGGAGGACAGUGUGAGGAUGAUGUCGAUGAAUGCUGGUACGGGAUUGCGGAGUGUGAUCACAUUUGCACCAACACGGAAGGAUCCUUCAACUGCUCCUGCGAUCCGGGAUUCCAUCUCAUUAACGAGACUCGCUGUGCAGAGGAAGCUGACGUGGAUGAAUGUUCCACCGAUAACGGAGGUUGUGAGCAGAACUGUGUCAACACGUACCUGUCACACCACUGCACCUGUGACCCAGGCUACACUCUAGGUGCUGAUGGACGAUCUUGUAACGACAUCAACGAGUGCCAGCCUAACAGAGGAAGAGGGGACUGCGACCACAUCUGUGACAACACACCGGGAGGCUUUGAGUGCUCGUGCCAACCACAACACCACCUUGUGGGACAGACAGAAUGCAGAGAGGAUGCCAUGUAUCCAUACGGGGAGGAAGUUGGUGUAGAAGCAAAAGAGUGGGACCUGAAAUCCUGCAAGAAAGUUGAGCUACCCCUGGAGGGUUUCCGCUUCUUCACAAGGCGCCACCAUAAGAUUUAUAUCUGUGACAAUGGGGUGGUCCAGUUUGACAGCGGUAUUCGACCUGUAACUCCUGAAAAGCUGGACAAGUCUGCGUGGUUCAAGAAAGCGGCCCUCGCUCCUUACCUGUCCAAGUCUGACCCCACCGUCCUGAAUGGAGAGCCAGAAAAACUGAAGACAAAGUUUUACUACAGCGUGUACGAGAGGGGUGAUGGCAACGACAACACUGACGCCAUAUUGGAGAAAGCCAGAGAUGACGGGCGCAGUGUCCCUGGUUACCAUUCUACAGCUUACACACCAGUUUGGGCGAUGGUGAUCACGUGGGCGAACGUUCCUCCAGACUGCUCGGUCUUUGGGUCAGACUGUCCCGUGGAGCUGUCUCGUUUACGGCGAAAUACAUUCCAACUGGCCAUAUCCACAGAUGGCACGGAGUCGUUUGCAACGUUCGUCUACCCCCCGAAAAAGCAGGAAUGGUUUGCUCCAGACGAGGCGGAAAAGCCCAGAGACGGGAACCAACCGCGGGUUAGGGACGCGGCGGUUGCCGGCUACAGCGCCGGGGACGGGACGGGCUUAGGACCUGGUAACGUGGAGGGGAUGUCACCUUUUUCGGGAACGAAAGCGAUGAAGGAUCUAUACCGUCGUCCGUCAAAUAGAGCAGGCUACUGGAAGUUUGCACUACAACACCAAGGGGCUCGUCCAGUUCCUGCGGAAGCCGUGGUGAGCUGUUCGGCGUGGAUCCGUAAGCAGGAGUUUGACACCCCGACUACCCUGCCGGGUUACCAUGAGUUACCGGCCCCCGGGUCUUGCCCCUGCACCCUGGAGCAGGCCUAUCAUGAUAGGAGGUAUCGUCUUUGCCCUUUUUUCCUACAUUGCCUGUCGACCUAUUUUGUGUACGAUUCCUUAUGA